AUGACUCGGCAGAUUGUACUCCGAUCGCCGUCGCUGAACCGGCGCCAUCCCCUACUGGCGAGCAAGUCCACGUCGUCGAAUUGCUCCGGUGGCGGGAACGUGCGGUUCGCGGAGGUCGUUGGUGGGACGACGGCGGAUUGUGCGGCCGUGUGCUGCUGCUGCCCGUGCGGGAUCGUCAACCUCCUGGUGCUGGCCGUCUACAGGCUGCCGGCGGGGAUUUACCGGAAGGCGCUGCGGAAGAGUCGCCGGCGCCGGCUAAAAAAGAAGGGUUUGCUCCCGCCGAAGACCUCCCAUUGCAAUUGCGAAUUCGACGACGCGGAGUUUCAAAUCCACCCCAUCUCGGUCGACCUGUCGCAGGCGCUGACUGAUAUGCCGGAGAAGUCGCUGGAAUCUGACAAAGAUGUGCUUGAACUGGAGAAGGAAAUGUGGGAUAGGUUCUACAGUACUGGCUUCUGGAGAAGUCCUUCUCAGAGGGAGUAA